AUGGCGAUGCACUUCAAGCCGCGCGACAUCAUGCGAGUGGAAAUCGCAGAUAGCCAAGGGCGAGACUGGAAGUCGCCAUCAGAAGGGCGAGAGGGCAUCGAGCUCAGCUCGCUCGCAGAACCUCGAGAGAAGGAUUUUGACUUCGGUUCGCAUGGACGAGCCCCUCCUCAGCCAUCUCCACUGCCCCGUGUGUCCUCGACGACGAUUACUUAG